UGAGAGCGAAAAAGGAAAGAGUAAUUGAGAAAGAAAUUGAAAUGGUCUAGGCCGGUAUUACACAUGUCGUACGACAAAUUUUUUAAGCAUGUUGAUUGACUGCAGGAUAGAAAAUUUCUAGAGACUCUAGAAUUACUAGAGGCAACUUAUUUAUUUCGCACAUGCGCACUCUAUUUUGGCCAACAUAAAAUCAGAAGCCAGGAAAGUUGUGAAAACAAACAUUGGAGCAUGUGCGGAACUUAAAGAUUAAACAUGGGCAGAACAGCUACUAACAAAGCGCACAAGCAUUUCACUUAUGAUGCAAGAACAAAUACUUCAGUCUGUAUUAUCUGUAAGAAAUUGAUAACGGGUAAACACGGAACAAAUUUAAAGAAACAUUUACUCCGUUACCAUAACUUCAAGGAGAGUGAGUUUAAAGUUGGUUGUUCAAGUACAGUUAAACAUAGUGAAACACGUUCGAAGAGUACGAAGAUAUCGAAGAAAGAGGAUCAGCUUCAAAUCGAUGAAAUAAACGUUAUCAAAGUAAAAAUGACUCAAAGGGAUUUGGAAAAUAGUUGCAUUGAUCUUGUAACAGUCAAUGGGAGGCCUUUCAGCAUCUUAAAUGAUUCUGGGUUUCUAAAUAUAGUAAAUCCAAUCAAACAGGCAUUAGAACAAACAAGAAAAGAAACAUUUUCAAUUACACCGGAAUCGAUUAAAAAAAAAGUUGCAGAAGAAGCAAGCAAUAUCAGGAGAGAAAUAUCAGAGGAAGUGAAAAACAAUAUGGUUUCGAUAAAAAUAGAUGCAGCAACCCAUUUAGAUAGGUUGUUUUUGGGUAUUAAUGUACAAUAUAUUAAAAGCUCAAAAAUUUUGCUUAGAACCUUGGGUCUUGCCGAACUGAAGGAAAAACCUACAAAAGUAUAUUUAACUACUAUUAUAAGAAAUGUAUGUAGUCGUUAUAACAUAUAUAUGGAUCAAAUAUACACCAUCAUCACAGAUAGCAGUGCAAAUAUGUUGAAGGCUGCAAAGAUGCUAUCUUCAGAUUACAGUGAAUUUGAUGAAGCAAAUGUGAACAAACGCGCUAAUGUUGAUGUCGACUUAAAUCUACAAUUAGAGCUGGAUGAACCAGAAAAGAAUGAAGAAAACGAACCAGAGGAUCACGCUGAAAAUGUACUACAAAUUAUUGAAAACAGUAUAGACUCUAAUUUUUCAAAUAGCAUAUUAACAGGUGUUAGAUGCAUAGCCCAUACCUUACAGCUGAUUGUAGAUGAUGCAUUGAAAAUCAACGAAGCUGAAGGCAUUUUAUCCGUGAUAAAAAAGGCUCGAAGACUUGUGAAGAAAUUGAGAACACCAACUUUUUUAUUCAUGCUCAAAAAACAAAAUUUGAAGAAGCCGAUAAUUGACUACCCAGCACGUUGCUGCUCAACAAUAAUUAUGCUCGAAAGACUAUUAUUAUUGAAAGAUUAUUGUACCGAACUGGCUGUAACAAAAUUCGAGAAGUUCGAGACACUAACUGAUACAGAAUGGGAAACAAUUCAAGAGGUUUGCCAAACUCUACAGCCAAUUAAAAUAUGCAUAGAAAAACUACAAGCUGAGCAACUGACUCUUAGCGACUUUUUCAGCAAUUGGUUAGAAACAAAAUUGAUGAUGAGAAAAAUAAAUACACCUUUCGCAAUGCUCAUCUUCGAAUGUAUGAUGUCUCGAGAAAAGCACCUGUUAAAUAAUGAUGUGUUGUUAUCUGCUCUCUUUCUUGAUCCGAGGUUUAAAAUUGUAUUAGAGAAGGCGCAGGCAGAAAAAGCAAAAACUCACUUAAAACAUCUUUGGGCAAAAAUGAUGUCUUUGCAAGAUUUAGUCACAUCAAAUUUUGAUUCACAAGAAUGCCCAUCAAGUGAGUCAGAGUCAUCGAGCGAUGCUAUCGAGAGUUUUCUCAGAUUAAAAGAGAUACAUCAUAAUUCUGAUAUUUUACAGUCAUCACCUUCGUUUGUUCAACUAUAUGGAUAUCUUUCCUUGCAACGAAUUGAAAUUUUAUUAGAUAACUACUACCAAGACCAGAGUAGAAUCCCAAGAAAAACUAAUAUCUUGAAAUUCUGGCAAGAAAAAAGCAUGACUCAACCAGAAUUGUACAAUUUAGCGAUGAUUGUUUUGGCAGUACCAGCUACGCAAGUGAGCGUUGAAAGGUUAUUCUCAGGAUUAAAAUUAGUAUUAUCCUCGCUAAGAACAAAUGUUGAAGCAAUCCUUGAAGAUCAACUCUUGGUCAGAGCUAAUCGAAUUUUCGUCAACAAAGAUGACAGGGAACUAGUAGAAAAACGAUCACUGACGAUGCAAGUUGUUGAGAUAAAACAGGAACAAGAAGAGGAAGACGAUGAUUUUGACAAACCCAGAACUUCCAAUGAUUUGUAAAUUUGUUGUUUACAGUAAACUGAAAUUUUUUUAUAAUAUGCAAUUUAUUAAAACUGCAUGAAUAAAGUUAAAUUUUAGCAAGGA